AUGACUUCUAAAGAAAUUUAUUGUCAAUCUGAUUUUGUAUCAAAGGCAAAAAUUUUGGAUAAAAUUCCAAGAAUUUCUAGUAAUGAUACUAUUAAAAAUCAAAAUAUAAGAGGUAUCACAUACAAAGUUAAACAUCUUCAAAUUUUAAAAAAAGAUUCAACAAAACCAUUUCCAAAUGAAAUAAUAACAGCAUCCAACUCUGCAUUAUGUGGUGUUAAUUGGUUAGAAGUUGGAAAAGAAUAUUAUCUAUUAGGAGAUCAAGAAAAAAAUUCAUUAUUCAUAGAAUCUUCAUUUGAAUUGAAUGUAUUUAAUCAUAUUCAAAUCAAAAAGAAGAAUAGUAAUAAUUAUUAUGAAUCCAAUACAAAAAUGAAUGAAAUUAUUAAUGAAAAAGUAAAUGAUAAUAAUUAUGAGACAACCAAAAAUGCAAAGUGCAUAUAUUGUAAAAAACUUCGUGAUUUUGAAGGUUGGGAUUGA